AUGGAGGAUGCUGUACGCCCUACGGCUGAGAGGUGCUAUGCUACGUUUGAACAAGGCUACCGUUCUUGGUACAGCCUUUUGCUUCGGGCUCGAGAAGAGUCUAGUCUCCCUAAAGACUGCUUCCAAGUCGACAGGGCGUUUCAACGACAGCCGACGUUCCCGCGCAGCCUGAAGCUAAAACAAAUCCAUCAGACGUUAUGCGCAAGUGGAACAUCAAACUGGGAGACCGAUGAUUCCAGAGGGACCUGCAGAAUACCUGGCUUCAAGCAACAUCUUGAUGUUCCGGUCUCUGUAAAGACAGCGACGCAUCUGACCUUAUCUCCUUGCGCAGCCUUGAGCGCAAACUAUUCGCGUUGGCUCGACCACAAAGAAGACCAUCUUUCCAUCCUCAUCCUUGCAUGGGCGUACAUACUUUCAGCGCGGUGGGCUGAGGUCAUGCCCGGAGCGACCGUUCAGUAUACCGCCUCCCAGGCAACAUGGGUAAAUGGCGAAUCUGUUGAUGAAUCGAUCGCGGUGGAUGUUGGCAAUGUACAAGAUGAUGCCGCCAGAUGGUGGGCUGCUGUUCUAGCACCAAUGCCGGGCUGGCAGGCUUUUCUUACUUGCGAAGACACCCAGUUUCUGUGCCCCUGGUCGGUGAAAGUCCAAGACGCCCCAGCCUUUGUGCUGUCAUCUCGGAACGCCGGCUGUCCUUCAUCAAAUACGACUGCCCCUGCAUCCUCUACAGAUGCCCUUCGGUUCCUCUUGGACUACUGCAUGCUACAUGGCAUUGCAGACCAAGCUCAUGCUGCGUUAUCCGCAGCGUUGUUCCUGCCUUUUCUAUCCUACAAGAAGGGAGUUGUCUUGCCAAAGCCAAAAGCCCAUGCCAGGAUGGCUGAACAUCUAACCAAUUCGGAAAGGAAUCAUAUACGGCUCGACUGGAUGAAGGAAACACGACAUCUGGAUAAGCUUCUUACCUUGAGCUGUAACAUCAGAGGACUACAUUCCCUCUUAUCAAGCAUAUUCUACGAGCCAAGUAUACCCUGCAACCUUGCCGGUCCGUGGUUACAGUCUGCAUUUGCUAUCCUUGAUACCCUAGAUGGCAACCCUGUCUUACUUGCCCAUGUUCUGACGGCACGAGUCCCUGAUAUUUCCUUCUUAUGGCUCGGUGCUAUCAUCAUGGGCAUCCAUAAGGAAAUCUUCAGGAACUGUCGGCUUGGGAUGAUCCCUAUCGACCUACACGCGGCGGCAUGGUCUGGAACCAUUCAGUCCUUCAUUCAAGAGCCUGCUUUGACGGUCACAUUUUCAGCAGGAGAUACCUGCAUCUCGCGAGCAGACGAAUGUCGACUUCUUUUUCUGUCUCGAACUGAACAUCAGUCCCGGGUGCCCAUCUGCCCGUGGACACCGUUUGGCACGACACCGAUUGAUGACACGGAUAUCGAGGUCCGUUUGCAUACACAAUGCAAGGGAAAGCAUGUCCUUACCUAUGCGGGUUGGAAGUGGAAUUGUAUGAAUGGAGAGGUUGCGGAGCAGAGAUGCGCUGACAGCAUGGCCAUGCGAGGACAUCACCAGCUUCCUCCUGUGUCACAUAUAUCCGUUCCUUACGAGGGUCUUGAUCUCGAGGACGAAACGGUCUCCGAGAAUGCAACUCGGUCCAUCUUUGGAUGGCUGCGGUUUGGGGGAUAUCCCCGAGGCGAGAGGGACAUUUGCAACCACCCAUGGAUGAACAUAGAUGAUUCUGACUACGAGGAGGAAUGUAUUGAGGAACACAACUCUCAGGACAGUCAUCCAGAUCGAUCUCUGGCAGCAGUCGAGGCUUGGAUAAUGUCAUCCGACUAG